GACAUUUUUUGACGUUUGUAAACAUGGACGUGUAUGGGAUUCACCGGCUGGCACUUCUGCUUGCAGUUAUAACAGGAAUUUCGAUUGUUUUAGGAAAGAAACAGAACACUGAUAGUAAAGAAGAAUCGAAUUCAGAUAUACAGCUGAAAGAUAUUGUCUUCAUAGUUCUGAGUCAAAAAAAUCCUUACCAUGAAAAAAGAGCUGAUGUAUUUAAGGAAGAGUUUGAAUCUCAGAUCAAAGAUUUGUCUGAUAAUGAAAAACCAAAGCUGAUAUUCAUUCAUAAGGAACAUAGAAAUGUUUUAGGAGCUUGGGCUGUUUUCCCUUUACUUCCAACGUUUGCUAAGGAAUACGCUGAUGCUGCCUGGUUAUUUGUGUGUGAGGAAGAGACCAGACUAGACGUACAAAAACUGGUCAAUGUCCUUCAGAGGUUUGAUCACACCAAGGAAUUGUAUCUAGGUCACCCUCUCAGGGACCAAUCACCUACCAUAAUACAUCAUUAUGCCUUCCAUGACAACCCAAGCAAAUUUGCAUAUGCAGAUUGGGGAGCUGGCUUUGUGUUUAGCCAACCACUUCUAUCCAAGAUGGGUAAAAGAUGGCCAGACAAAGAGUUCAAGUCAGACUUUACUAUAGACCCCAAACAUGAGCUGGCCAAGUAUAUCUACAGUGAUGCCAUCAACGUGACCUUGACCCCGGUCACCGAGAUCUGUCUGGUCAAAAAGUCAGAGAAAUGUGCCUCCUGGUAUCCAGUAAUGUUCCCGGACUGUGGACCAGAAAUACCUGAGGAGGACCUUUAUGUUGCAGUGAAAACGUGUGCCAAGUAUCACAAGGAACGAGUUCCUAUUGUAAGAAAGACCUGGGGCAAUGAAGCUAAAAAUGUGGAGUAUUACAGUGAUGUGGAAGACAGGACAAUCCCUACCAUCAACCUCGGGAUUCCCAACACGGAGAGGGGGCAUUGUGGGAAGACCAUGGCCAUCAUAAAGAGGCUACAAUCCCAUCCCCGGAUAUCACAGAUUCCCUGGUUCAUCAUUGCUGACGAUGACACAAUUAUCAACUUGAGGAGACUGAGGAAGCUACUAGCCUGUUAUGACUCCAACUUCCCCAUCCACAUGGGAGAGAAAUAUGGCUAUAUGGUGACUAAGAAUGAGCAUGGCUACACCUACAUCACAGGUGGAGGCGGGAUGGUGUUCAGUAGGGAGGCUAUAGAUGUCAUUGUGCUGACUCACCGCGCAGACUGUCCAUCCAAUGACGCCCCAGAUGACAUGAUCCUGGGUCGCACCUUCAAAGCGAUAGGACUACCCCUGGUACACAGCCCGUACUUCCAUCAGGCACGACCAGCAGAUUACAGUGCGGAAUUCCUGUCGGCCAGAACAGCUUUAUCCUUCCAUAAACACUGGAUGAAUGACCCAAUCAUGAUCUAUAACGAUCUGAUUGCUUCUAAUGAAUCUAUGGACCUACAGGAUCCGGAGAUGGAGGUUGAGGAAGAAGAAAUUUCUGAAACUGAGGCUCAGGACUCAACACAAUCCAACAUGGACACUGACUCUGCCAAUCAGAAGGAGGAGUUAUGAUAGCCAAUCAGAAGGAGGAGUUAUGAUAGCCAAUCAGAAGGAGGAGUUAUGAUAGCCAAUCAGAAGGAGGAGUUAUGAUAGCAUCUCUCUUAAGCUAUAAAUUAAAUAUCGUAUUCCACAUUGUCAAAAAAAAAUAGAGAUGUUUUUUUAAAGAAAUCUCUUGUAUACUAAACAUAUAAUCUUGUGUAUGGUGUUCUAUAUUGCAUUUGCAAAUGUUGAAGAAUCAAAUUGUUGGAAAUGUCUUUUAUACAUUUGUAAUAGCUGUUUUGUGAGUGAUUAUUUUUUUUGUGAGAAUAAUCUAUUUAUGCAGGAAUUUGUGUAUAUUGUAUGUUGAGAUAUAAUGGUAAUAUUAUAUUAUAUAUAUCCAGAUGGGUUUGCUAAAGAGUGUGCAUUGUAGCCAAGAAAAGUAACACUUUAUGCUCAAAGUCAUGUCAUUGAAACAUUUUUUUGUACAAGUUGAUAUAACUUUUGAAUGUUGUGUUCAGCAGAGAUGGUUUGCACUACUACAGAUAAAAGAUUCGGGCCAAAAACAUUUUUUGGGUGGGGGAGGCUUUUGUUUAUUGUGUAAUUGUGUUUGAAUUUUAAGAGCAAUAAUUUCAACUAAAUAGAUAUAUUUUAUUUGAAAACAUUUGCCUUUUUCAUGUUUACUUAUACCACAAGGUAAACAAUUAGGUUUAUUUCUCAAAUAGUUUACAUCAAAUUACCUUGGCCUUUUAUGAAUUAUUUAAAUGAAAUAAUUAUCACCUUUACUGUUCAAGUAAGAUACCACACAGUUACUUAUAAUCAGCUUGUUCUAUCUACUGCAGAUACAUUUUUUACAGAAAUUUUUAUAUUUGUUAUUUUGUUGUUAAAUAACAGUCAAUAAUUUGCAUAAUUUUGAACUUCAUCCAUGUCUUAUCUUGAUAAGGGGUGGUGACACUGUUUAUCAAAAUCAAAAGCAAUACAAAUCAAAUUAUUAUAUAAGAAAUGUACAUAGUGUAUCUGUUAUAGUCCUAUGGGGGUUUAUUUUACAAAAAGAAUGGCUAAUUUCUUUUAAUUUUUAUUCUACAAAGGUGGGGUUUUUCAGUUCCAUUUCCGGUCUUUUUGUGGAGUACUAUAUGGUCGAAUUACUCCCUUUUGGUUUCAAUCGAAACAUCACGCUUUUUGUCCACUUUUAUUAAUACAAUUUCCACAUUUUUUGUAACCCCCACCACCCACAAUAAUUCUUUUCUUGAGGCAUACUACAGGAGUUUUAACAAAAAAAAUUAUCAAUGUUUUCAUGAGUAUGGAACUUUUUUUUUUGUAUCAAAAUAUUGAUGAGUCUGGAAUUUCUAUAACCGUGGACAGAUAGACCUGUAACCGUGGACAGAUAGACCUGUAGAACAGAAAUUAGGACAAAGGCUUACAAUGUUUUCAUCUUUGUAAAGGAACUGAAAAUUCAACCUUAAAAUCCAGUUGUCACUACAUGGAAUAUUGUAGUUUGAUUUGAAACAGGAAUGACUGCCUAUUUCAUUUAUUUUGUCUCAACCUGAGACCCACAUACCAUAAGCUUAUGUUGAAUGUGAGAAAGAUUUUCUGUACAAAUAUGCUACUUACUCCACAAAAUUACAAAAUAAGUAGAAGUAUUUAAAAAAAAUAGUAGAAGAACCGCAAGUGAAUUACCAUAUUUAUCGUGCAAUAAACCCAGGGGACCAACACAUAAUUUCUGACUUAAAGUAAAGGAUAGGCUUAUUACAGGACAAUGAAACAGCAUUUAAUUGAGAUUUCUACUGAACUGCAAUAGAUAUUGGAGAGCUUAUUACCCUGCAAUAGAUAUUGGAGAGCUUAUAACCAGAUAAAUACAGUACAAAUUUUGUUCUUUUUUUUGUUUUCACGUUACACAUGAUGUUUGUCUGUCUGCGAUGCUGUUCUCUUACAUGACAUGAGGAAAUCUCAUUUGGUUGUCUGUUUCAGCCACUUUGAUGAGACCUCCACUUCAAAUCAUUCCCCCCUGAAGUCACAUUUGAACUCUUCCAAUUCAAAGGAUGGAAUAGUUCAUUAUGAAAUUUCAGUGGUGAAUGAGUUAAAAUGGAAAUGUUUGCUUUUUUGAUCUGCUGUGGUUUUCUCUGUGUGAUUUUACUGUCGUUUACUUCUGUCAUACAGCAAUUCCAUAUGAUUUUGAUAUAUAUAUAUAUAUUCAGAAUUCGUCCGUUAUUCAGAGUUACAAAAAUCCAUCCAUAUAUUCUUUAAUUUUAAAAACUUUCUAUUUUUACUUAUUAUGUUGCCAUAUAAGAUUUUCCUGUUACAUGUAUUACCUUAAAACCAAAGAAUUUACGUCUGAUAUUCAAACAUAAAGAAAAAUGCAUUUUUUUAAAAGAAAGAUCAAAAGUUAAAUCUGAGACACUCCUUGGUACAAUUUUGUUAACUUUUUCACCCCUAUGUAACAUUAGUAAACUCUACCAUGCAUUGAUCUGGAUGAGCCCAUUAUGGUCUACAGUACUAGUGGUGGAAGGGUUAAAAAAAACAAAAAACAAAAAAACUGUCGAGUAAAAAUUGCAACAGUAGAUACAAUGGCCCACUCUGUAAAUAGGAGUUCAAAUAUGACAUCUGAAACAACGAAAAAAAUACGAGUAUGCAAAUAGUAAACAAAUUUCACUCUGUCUAAGGAUAUGAAUUUCUGGUUGAGAACAACAAUAUUUAAAACCAGUGAGCUGAAAUAAUGUCAUUGAUGAAAACCAAUCAAGAAAGUUUACUGCUGAAUCAACUAAAUCAGGAUUAAAACCAAAGAGUGGCCAAUUUGUAGCAUUUUGAUAAACCCCAUAACAUCGUGCAGGGGGAGCAUUUAUUAUUUACCUUCCCGUCCACCUAUGCGACUAUCAGUCAUACAACAUCUUGGAUAGAUCAUGCAUUUGGCUCCCUUACCUCGGUACUCUUAAUACUAGAAGGCCAAUAUUCAUCAAUCUUACAUUUUGAGAAAUACCACAAUAAUACAUGAUAUGUAGGUCACUGUGACCUAUAUUUUGUGCUUCACUAAUGUUGUUUAGUGUUUGUGCUGAAUCUCUUCCAUCAUUAAAUAUUACAUUUACCUCAAUUUCAAUCGAAGUUGGGGGCUAAGACAAAUGUAAAUUUUACAAGUAUUUUCUUAUUUUGUUGUAUACUUGGCCUGUAUUCAUGAAACUGUUCUCAUGCUCAAUCACGGAUUCAGUGUGCAAACCGGCUUUCUUGUACUUUCUUUCACUUCAAUCAUGUAAAAUGAAAACAAUGAAAACAGCAAACGGCUUAAAGUUUCUUCAAAUUUUUUCUAAAUUAUUGAUUUUUAAAAAAAAAAAAAUCUAUUAAUAAACAACUGAAACACGAAAUUUGGCUUGAGCUCUAAAACCAUUCUUGAGCAUGAGAAAGUUUUCAUGAAUAUGGGCCCUGAAGUAUGUUUGAUGAAGAACAUGAGACUACAAAACAAGCCAUGAUACCAAGGUCAGAGUUCAACAUGACUGUAAAUAAGUGUUGAGGCUGAGGUAAGAAAAUCUUCACUACUAACAACUGCUGAGCAUCUUUGCUGUUUGUACAAUUUUACAUGUAUCUCAAUAAUGUACUUCUUUGAGAUUUUUAGAAGGUAUUUAACUUACAGGUAUAUUUUCACUUGAAUUUUUGUGGAUAGUCAAUGAUGAUCACAAAUUCACACUAAUGUGUUGAAAGCUACUAUUCUUUUAUACACAAGUAGGCGCGUAUAUUGAACAGUGCAUAUUUAUAAAUUUUACUUCAUUUUGAAAAUUCAAAGACUGGUUUGAGGCACAGUCGCUAACGUAAAAGCUUUCUUAAUUAUUGCGGUAUGAUGCAUUCAUAGCACAUCAGUAGAAUAAGGUCGUAGUUUUCGUACUAAAAUGAUGUGCAGAAGACAUACAUUUGGACCAUUGUGCGACUGUUUUAUAUUUUAUGUUGACAGCAAUAUUAAUUCAUUAUGCAAAUUUGACAAUGAAAAAACCCUGCCUGGUUCUAAUUGUCAGCCUAUUUUGUCUUGCUGUGUAUAGAUUUGAUUGUCUGACAGGGUAAUCCUUGAUUGCUGGUCCCGUUUGUGUUACCAUAUUUCAUUAUUUGUAAUCUAUCCCAAAUCCAGCUCAUGUUACUUACUGGGUAUGAUAUCAAAGAUCUGCGUCUUAAAUAUCGAGGCGAAACACUAGAUAAUUCCACUGUAGUUUAUCUUAUAUACAGGGUAACCUUCCCCUAAUUUUGUCUAAGAUAUAAUUGUCUGGCCCCAUAGCAUUUUUAAUCUCAGAACACUGUUGUUGAUCUGUUUGUCAAACCCAAGUCUGGUCCCAUAGCAUUUGAAAUCUCAGAAUACUGUUGUUGAUCUGUUUGUCAAACCCCAGUCUGGCCCCAUAGCAUUUUUAAUCUCAGAACACUGUUGUUGAGACUGUUUGUCAAACCCAAGUCUGGUCCCAUAGCAUUUGAAAUCUUAGAACACUGUUGUUGAGACUGUUUGUCAAACCGGAGUCUGGUCCCAUAGCAUUUGAAAUCUUAGAACACUGUUGUUGAGACUGUUUGUCAAACCCAAGUCUGGUCCCAUAGCAUUUGAAAUCUUAGAACUCUGUUGUUGAGACUGUUUGUCAACCCCGAGUCUGGCCCCAUAGCAUUUGAAAUCU